UAGAUACACAGCCAACUCAUCUCUCUCUCUCCUCUCUCUCUCUUCUCUUUCCUCCUCCUCCUUCCUUCUGCUUCGAUCACUCAGCACCGUCCCGCGAUUGGUUCGUCGCUCCGGUAGCGACCUCUGAGCUUCUUCCUCGGUUUCUGCUUCUGGGUCCUCCUCGGCGGCGGGAAAUCUUUCGGCUUUCUGGAGUUUUUCCGGGGGAAAAAAGAAGCAAGAACCGACGAUGAAGAUACAGUGCGACGUGUGCGAGAGGGCGCCGGCGACGAUGAUCUGCUGCGCCGACGAGGCCGCGCUCUGCGCCAAGUGCGACGUCGAGGUCCACGCCGCGAACAAGCUCGCCAGCAAGCACCAGAGGCUCCUCCUCCACUCCCUCUCCAGCAAGCUCCCUGUUUGCGACAUCUGCCAAGAGAAGGCAGCUUUCAUCUUUUGCGUGGAAGACAGAGCUCUCUUCUGCAAGGAUUGUGAUGAAUCAAUUCAUCCCGCCGGAAGCCUGUCUGCAAAUCACCAGAGGUUACUGGCAACUGGAAUCAGAGUCGCUCUUAGCUCUAGCUGCACCAAAGAAGCUGAGAAGACUGAACCUGAGCCACCAAGCCGGAAUAAACCUCAUACCUCGGUGAAAUCGCCCCAACAGGAAGCUCCCAGUUUCACAUCUUCGUGGGGUGUCGAUGAUGAACUGCUACAGUUGCCAGACUUUGAAUCCUCCGACAAGAAGGAACAACUCGAGUUUGGUGAGCUAGAAUGGCUCGCCGAUAUGGGUCUCUUUGCUGAUCAGGUUCCUCAAGAAGCCCUAGCCGCAGCUGAAGUUCCUCAGCUCCCGUUGCCACCCUCAAGCAACUGCACUUCAUACCGGACCUCGAAAUCCCAGAUGCCUCACAAGAAACCUAGGAUUGAAUACGUAGAUGAUGACGACGAGUUUUUCACCGUUCCUGAUCUUGGCUGAUAAGAAAGAGACACCGGUGGAUCCUCUCUGCACUGACAUAUGUGUAUGUAUAUCUACAUAUAUGCGUAGGCAUCUACUUCUAUGUAAUGAAGGAAACCUUAGAUUAAGAAUCGCCUCGUGAUGUGAGGAUAUACUGCAUCCUUUCAUUUUUAAUUUUUUUGGUCUUUUUGCAAUAUUCUUUUUGUAAUCUUUUGGAACUACAAAGCAAAUGUCCCAUUUGUUUGGCUUUUGAAAGCUGCUCGGUGUAAUCUCACCCCUUAAAAGUCA